CGAGUCCGGCCGGGUGCGACGGACGUCUUUGCUCAAAAUAGAUCCACUCGGUCCGACCGAACGACUUGGAUUAGCGUAGGGUAUUUAAAUUUAAAACAAGGUAGAAUAUUUUUAGUGUGACAAUUAUUUUCACUUUCUUUACAUGAUUGUUUUUGCAGCUUUCAGGCAAGGACAGAUGGAAAAGAGACUUUGUUUGUAUAAUGCUCGUUGAGAAAGAUGAAUCAUGGGAAAGAAAUGCGGGACUUGUGACUUUAGGAUGCCAAAAAGUCAGCUGUUGUGUCACACAGGUAAGUUUUAACCUGUAAAUUGACAUGUUUGAACACAGUGUAACAAAUGUGCCAGUCUGGCGGCUUUCCUCCCCAUUCUGUGCUGCUGAACGAGGUCGGCGGCGGCAGGCUCCAUGGCUCAAUGGUCGGACCCCUCCUGCAGGGAGAAGGUCCCCGGCACCUGGGGGAAGUCACACUCGGCCGCACGCAACAUGGUACGCAAGAAGGAGCAGAGACGGAGGCGAGGAAUCCGAUCUUCCUCGCCCAUGGGCCGUGUCAUCAUCAUCAACUCGCCUGUGGAUGGAGGUGAUGACAGCGAGGACCUUCACACCAUCACAGUGGAUAAAAGCGUGGAUGGCAAACUGGGCUUCAGCGUGCGGGGCGGCUGCGAACACGGCCUGAGCAUCUUCGUCAGCAAGGUGGAAGACGCCAGCACAGCAGAGGAAGCCGGUCUGCUGGUGGGCGACAAGCUGGUGGAAGUAAACGGCGUCAGUUUGGAGAGCAUCACCAUGAGCAGCGCCGUCAAGGUCCUGACGGGGAACAACAGGCUGAGGAUGGUGGUGAGGCGCGUGGGCAAGGUGCCCGGGAUACGCUACUCCAAAGAGAAGACCACCUGGGUGGACUUGAUACACAGGCGCAUGGUGGUGGAGGAAAGCGGGCGGACGCCAUCGGAGGCCAGCGCUGGUAGCGCCCUUCGCAGGAUCGUCCACUUGUACACCACCUCCGAUGACUACUGCCUGGGCUUCAACAUACGUGGCGGGAAGGAGUUUGGUUUGGGCAUUUAUGUCUCCAAGCUGGACCCCGGCGGUCUAGCCGAGCGGAACGGGAUCAAGAUGGGUGACCAAAUCCUGGCUGCCAAUGGUGUGAGCUUUGAGGACAUUAGCCACAGCAACGCCGUGGAGGUCCUGAAGAGCCACACGCACGUCAUGCUGACCAUCAAGGAGGCCGGCCGCUAUCCGGCUUACAAGGAAAUGGUGGCGGAGUACAGAUGGCUCAACAAAUUGGCCAAUGGGGGUCAGAAAUCUUCCUCACUGGGAUCCGAGUCCAAUUCGUCGGCGUCCUCGCUGUCCUCGGAAACGCCGGUCAGUUCCCUGAGUGGCCUGUCUCAAGUCAUGUUCCCGCCUAGUUUGCCGUUUGCUUCCGACAUGGUGGACGUGUGCAUCUCCACAGAGGACCAGAGGUUUGAGUCAGAGCGCAGCGAGGCCGCCAUCCAGACAGACACCACCCGCAGCCGGGGGGCCACCACGCUACUGCGCGACACGGCCAUCCGCCAGGAGGACGAGGAUGAACGCGGUCCUAAGAGGGAGUCCCACAAGACAGCGGUACUGCUGGCCCUCAGCAGACCCAGCCGACCCAUCAGUCGCUCGCAGAGCCAGGUCACCAUAGCAGAAAUCAGCCAAAAAAAGGCCAAAAAGCAGAAAGGAAGUAAAUCCUCGGGGGAAAAGAGCGCACUGCAACGAUCCAAGACGUUGGUCAACUUGCUGUUUGGGGGUGUUCGCAAAAAAGACCCUUCCAGGUCACGCUCCAAGUCACUGUCCACCGACAAAGGUGUGAGUCUUGGAGGAGGGCCCAGCACUGAACCGUUCCCAGAGGAGAUGCUGCGAGCGGUGGAAGAGUUAGCGCAGCGUUUGUUGACAGAGGACGAGACGGAAGCGGUCAUGAAAGCUUGUCGGACGUAUUUGGAUGAAAAGUGUGUGGAGAUGUUGAUACGCCACCUGCUGGCCGUACUGGACAGGCCUGAAAAACUGCUACUGCUCAGGGAGGUCAGGUUGAUGCUUCCUGCUGCUCACCUCCAUGAAUUUAACAGCGCAGUGGAAGCGGUGGAGGUGGAGGCAUACGACAUCCUCAAGUACCGCUCAGUCCGAACGCCGCCUCUUCGCUCGCCCGCAUCCGGCCGAGCGCCCAAACGCCGUCUCAUCACACCCAUCCCAGAUUUGCGAGGAGGCUUCGAGCUGCACAGCGCUGCCAUAGUGGAGAAGCAGAGCCACUUAGCGGACAAGUUGGAGAAACUCAGUCUGUCGGGGCCACGGGCAUCCAGAGAAAGGCGGCGCCGCCCUAACGCCCCCUUCUCGCCAUUGCUAGACAUUCCAGUAGAUGGGUACUGGUUCACAGAGGAGCAUAAACACUCGCCUGAAGGUCACCUGAGCCCUAACUGGCUAGUUUCUGAAAACCCUGCCGUCGGAAGCCAAGACGUCUCAGAUUCAAGCCGACGUUCUCCACAAGAGUAUGAACUGCAAACGGUCAGCAUCUCCAAGACUAAGCAGUCGCUGGGCAUCAGCAUAUCCGGCGGCAUCGAGUCCAAGGUCCAACCUGUGGUGAAGGUGGAGAAGAUCUUCCCAGGAGGAGCCGCCUCCACCUGCGAUGUCCUCAAGGCCGGAUUCGAGGUGGUGAGCGUGGACGGCGCUUCGCUGCAAGGCGUCACACACCAGCACGCCGUGGACCUCAUCCGAAAAGCCUUCAGCGAUAAAACCAAAGACCCCAUGGUGCUGGUAGUCAGAGUGCCCCGCCCUGCAAGUCUCCAAAAAGACAUCAUUAGCAUAGCCUAGUGGUCAAUGAUGGCUCCAUUUCAGAAACAAAACCACAUUUAACCAUUCAGUGUAACUUUUAAUAAAAACACAAAAUGUACUGCAAGGUGAAAAUAUACAUUUGUAAUUUCUCCAUAUGUGCCGUGGAAGCCCGACAAACAUCGAAUAUGAAACAAGGCCUAGCGAAAACAUUUUUUUGGUCUAUUCACAGUGACCAGUACACACAGAUUUGUUUACAGUAACAAAACAGCCCCAAGUUGCUUAAAGUUUAAAAAAAAAAAAAGAAGUGCUUUCUCUUGGGGCCCUGGUGAAAGAAUGUUAAUUGCUCACAUGUGCUGAAAAGGUUUAGCCAUAUCAAUGAAUCUUGGAGGGCAGGGGUGGGCGAAAAUUGAUACUUAAAAGGCCCUAGUCAAUUUUCUUUUGAGAGAUGGGGCCAGGUCAUUUGAAAAUAAUGUAAAUUAGAAUGUGCACGCAAAUUUGAUUAUUUGAAUACAAGAAUUCACAAUUUGAUUGAGAAAUUAAACAACUAUUUCAGAGUUUAUUUAAAACAAAUAAAAUUCUCUGAUUGAAAUUGUACAGUAUGUAACUACUUUAUUCCAAAACAUUCAAGUUAAAACAAUCUAAUACUCACCCUACUUUUUAUUAUAUAAUUAUAAUGUAUUACUGUUGUAUUUUUAAUUGUUUUCUAUAUUUAUGUAUGUUUAAAAUUAUAUAAUUAUGCAAUUAUUUACAAAAAUAUAGAUUUUAUAUUAAGAUGUCUUAUUAAUUCAUUGUUAGAUUUUUUUUUUAUUUAAACGAACUUUGUUUAAAUUAAUUAAAUUUAAGAAAAUAUGUGGUCCCCGAGCCAUAGUUUGCCCACCCCUGUAGUGGAGCAUAUGCCCACAGUGUGGUGCUGUUCGAGCGCAUAUUGACGUGUUACUCUAUUCAAGAACUGUAGCACAUGAGACAGUAGUAAAUUUGUUUUUUUUUAAACUGGCUGCUAUCCUCACCAUUCAUUACUUUCAGAGUAACAUUUUGAACUUCUUACUUCCAAGCCGUCUGGAAAGCAAGACAAGCUCCCACCCGUGAGAAAAAAAAAAAUUAAAUGUCAGUGGCGGCAACCUCAUCAGACGAUUUCAUUGCCGC